AAGGGAGCCUCCGGCUGUGUUUGUACGAGCAUCAGACCAAAACUCCUCUGGUAGGAGGCUGCACCUCAUCGUCUCGUCAACCUCAUGACCGCUGAGGUGUAUUUCCAGGCCAUGCGUUCCCUCAUUUGCACAGACCGAGCUUUCCCAGUGCUUUUUGAGAGGUUGCCGUGGGGCCGAGGGGAGGCAGCCCAGGAGCAGAGCCAGACCCUCGGUGUUUGCAGCUGGGGCUGGGUGUGCCCCGCAGAGCAUGCAGCAAACCGCCCCCCACAGCUCCGUGCCCCCCACGAGUGUUUCUGGGCUGUCCUUGAACCUUGCACCCAGCCCUGCUGCGCUCAGCUCCCGCCCCCGCAGCCCCAAACUAAAAGCUGGGGCCGGGCACGGGCACCUCCUGCCCAGGGACACUGCUGCACCUGGAGCUGUGGGUAGGUUGCAGGGGCUUGGUGCUCACCGGGUUUGCUCCCCAGUGCGCUGCACGGCUCCGGAGUCACAGCUCAGCAGCGCAGAAACCGUACAGCAGGUCCCUGGGGGGCUGCUUCUGAACGCAGGGAUCGGGAGCAGCCGGCGUUGCUCACCUACAGGCGAAUGGUGCAUGGCUAAGCCUGCUGCUGGCUGGGCUGGCGCUGCAGGCUCGGCCUUCUCAAGGGCUUGGUCACAGCCUGCCAGCGCCCUUAUCCCCCAAGCCCAGCGGGAAAGCCUUCACCCUGCACGUGUGUUUGCUCUCUGUCCCCCUGCAGCCUGUGACCCAGCUCUGGCAUCACCCUUCCUGCACUGACACUGCGGUAGAGCACGAUGGCGAGCGGCUCCUGGGAGGAUCACGCAGGCCAGGGGACCCAGGAGCACAUGGAGCUGCGCCUGGUACUCGUCGGGAAGACCGGUGCAGGGAAAAGCGCAACGGGGAACACCAUCCUGGGGUGGGAGGCCUUCGAGUCACGCCUGGCGCCAAAUUCGGUAACACAGACAUGUGCCCAGGAGAGCCGGCUCUGGAGGGGCCACAGCGUGGUGGUCACCGACACCCCCAACAUAUUUGACUCACCGGAGCACAGCGCCCGGUCCUGCUAUGAGCUUGCCCGCUGCCUGCUGCUGUCGGCGCCGGGGCCGCACGUGCUGGUGCUGGUGACCCAGCUGGGCUGCUUCACGCAGGAGGACAAGGAGGCCGCCCGGCAAGUGUGGCAGGUGCUGGGGCGCGAGGCUGCGAGGCACACCAUCGUCCUCUUCACCCGCAAAGAGGACCUGAGGGGUGGCUCCCUGCAGCACUAUGUGGCACACCCCAGCAACGCCGCCCUGCGGGCACUGCUGCAGGCCUGCGGGGGACGGUGCUGCGCCUUCAGCAACCGGGCGGCCAGAGCCGAGCGCGAAGCCCAGGUCGAGGAGCUGAUGGUGCUGGUGCAUCAGGUGCUGGAGGAGAACUGGAGCACCCAUUACACGAGCAAGCUCUACUACCAGGCCACGCGGCUCCUCAGCCGCAGCGACAUGGAUUUCGAAGAGAAGUGCGAGUACCUCGCGAAGCAAGUGGAGCAGCAGCUGCAGGGAGACGGCGUCCUGGGGUUGGUCAGACGGCUUCCCCUCGGAGUGGGCUCAAAUUUGGCAGACGCUAAGAUGGAAGGACCCAAGCUGAACAUCCUGCUCGUGGGCAAAACUGGAAAUGGGAAGAGUGCGACAGGGAACACCAUCCUUGGGAAGAAAGAAUUUAAAUCUAUGGUGUCACCAGAUUCAGUGACCAAGAGCUACAGUUAUGAGAGUGCCACAUUCUGUGGAAGAGAAAUUGUUGUUAUCGACACUCCUGGCCUUUUUGACACCAAGAGAGCCAAUAAGGAAACAGCUGAACUGAUUGGAAAUGCUCUUCGUCACUUCUAUGGAGGGGUGCAUGCUAUCAUCCUGGUGAUGCAACUGGCCCACAUCAGUAAAGAAGAGGUGGAAGUGGCUGAGUGGGUGACAAAGAUUUUCCAUACUGAAGCACAGAUGUACACGAUCCUGUUAUUCACCCGAGCAGAAGAACUUGAGAGUCCAGAUGGUAUCCACGAUUUUGUGAAAUCAAACGAAUACCUCAGCGGGAUUGCAGGAAAAUGUGGAAAUAGGUACAUUGCUUUCAGCAACGAAGCUACAGAGCAGAGAAGGAAACAGCAGGUUGCAGACCUCAUUAAAAUGAUUGAUGCGAUGGUAGAGAAGAACAAAGAUGCUCCGUGUUACACGCGAGAAAUGCUGGAGAAAGACACACGGACAGCUUUUGGAAAGUAUUGUCCUAUACUCUAGCCAACUAGGCUUUGGUCAGACGGGCGAUGUUUCCUCUCUUGUGCCUUUCCUGCCACGAUCUGAAGAUCACUCUCUCCUUCCUCUCUUGAUGUUUCCUCCUGUCCCGUCACUGACCUACCUUUUCCCCUGGCCUGUGCCAUUGCUCUCCUGACAGGCUGCGAGAGUGCAAUGGGUGUCUGGCGACGUGUAAUUCUCCUCUGCUGCUCUGUUGUGCUGGGAAGCCGGAGACCUUGGCUGGGUGGCAGAGAGCUGCACUGCCCUGCUGGCAGCACCACUGCGCUGACUCUCUCCUCCCUGGUCUGAAGACAUGGCAAGCUGAAAGCAACAGGAACAUCAGGACUGUGAGAUGUGCCCCCUCAGAGCACAGGUCAGCCUGGAGCCCUGCUUCCGAGAUCAAAGCCUCUUGUUGUCCCCAUGGCAGCCAGGGCUCUAGGAACUUCUCCGGGCUUCGGGAGGGUUCGUGGUGCCAGCCUUGGUCCCUCUGCAGUGGGAUGCUGCUGGUGUCACUGGCUGUGCUGCCCCUGCCUUCGCUGGGCAAUGCGAGUAAUUGUAUCUGAUUGCUGGGUCUACAGAAGCUCAUCUAAUAAAUGCUCAUCUAAUAAACGCUAAUAAAUGCCCAUAAAUGCUGA